GGGAAAGCUCGUGCUGCGGGCGGCGGGCGGCGGGCGGCUGGACUCUGCUCGUCGAGGGCAGACGAGAGGCGCCCCGGGAUGUCUCGGCUGGUGGAGUGUGUCCCCAACUUCUCUGAGGGGAACAACCGAGAGGUCAUCGAUGCGAUCGCCCAGGCCAUCUCCCAGACCGCGGGCUGCGUCCUCCUGGACGUCGACGCGGGCCCUUCUACCAACCGGACGGUGUACACGUUUGUGGGCCCCCCAGACGCCGUGGUGGAGGGGGCCCUGAAGGCCGCUCGCGUGGCCUUCCGGCUCCUGGACAUGAGCAAACACAAGGGUGAACAUCCCCGAAUGGGCGCCCUCGAUGUCUGCCCCUUCAUCCCUGUGAAGAACGUGACCAUGGACGAGUGCGUUUGGUGUGCCCGGCUCUUUGGCCAGCGACUGUCCGAGGAGCUCAGGGUGCCAGUUUAUUUGUAUGGAGAAGCAGCUCAGCAGGAGCAGAGGAGAACCCUUCCGGCAAUCCGAGCAGGAGAAUAUGAAGCUUUGCCUGAAAAAGAGGAGCGGGUGCUCCUCGGGGCUUGGAGAAGUGCUGCAAAGCUCUGGCUGUGGCUCCGCGUCCUGCUGCGUUCUUGA